CCGCUACGCGAGGCGAAAUUUGAGUGCGCAUGCGCGGCGGGGUCAGCGCGUGGUCAGUACGUGGCCCGGAAGUGGAGCUUUUUACGCUUCCAUCCAUUGAGUAAACUGCGUGAAUGGUGAUCGUUUGAAGAAAAUGGCUCAAAUGGGGAUUUUUCCGAGGCGGAGAGAAGGACUUGUUCCUCCUCGACCUCCACCUGCCUGGGACGAGCAGCAGGCCUACGAUGAGCUGCUGUACUGGGAUACUCUCCUGCAGGAGGGUCACCGCCUCCACCCGCAGGACUACGACCGGUAUGACGAGUUGCGUUAUUGGUAUGACUGCUUGUGUUAUGAAGAAGACCUCAGGCAGUACAACCAAUACGUCGUUGAGUACAGGAAGUGGGAAGAGGAGACUCUGCACCCAGAGGACCUUCCGCCAAUGAGGCCACCGCCUCAGCGAACGUUUGUGAAUGAGGAUCGCUAUGUAAAGGCCAAGCACACAACUGUGUACCCAUCAGCAGAGCAGCUGGAUGCAGUGCAGAGCAUGGUGUCUAAUGUGGAGCAUGCCCUGAAGUCUGUCUCUGAAUGGCUAAAUGAGAAAGAGAGUAGUGCCGCUGAUGCUGUAAGCGCUUCCUCUCAAAUUAAACUGCGUGGUGUUUUGAGAGUCGGCCUGGUGGCUAAAGGACUCCUGCUGAAAGAUGAGUUGGAGUUAGAGUUGGUGCUGCUCUCCAGGGAUGUGCCUACCAGUUCUCUGCUCCGGCUGAUCUCUGGAAAACUCUCAGAAUUCAUAAAGGAUGUUACUGAGGAGAAGUACGUCAUCACUCCAUCUAUCCAAGAUGCUGCUAUUAUUGUUACCAGCCCAACGGAGCCCAGUCUGAAACUGAGCAUCCAUCUGAGCUCACCCGUGGUCAAGGAGGAGGUUGAAAAAGAGGCAUCUGGAGAACCGUGCGCGGAAAGCUCUCCGCCGGACGCUCUGGACAGGCAGAAAUGCCUGACUUCUCUGGCGUCUCUCCGCCAGGCCAAGUGGUUCCAGGCUAAAGUGUCCGGGCUCGAGUCAUGUGUCAUCGUGAUUCGGAUCUUGCGGGACUUGUGUACCCGUGUUUCAACAUGGGCCCCUCUCAAAGGAUGGAUUCUUGAGCUGCUCUGUCAUAAGGCUAUUUCAACCAGCGAGAGGCUGCUUGGACCUGGAGAGGCGUUACGGAGAGUUCUGGAGUGUCUUGCAUCUGGGAUACUACUGGAGGAUGGUCCAGGCAUUUCUGAUCCCUGUGAGCGAGACAACACUGAUGCUAGUGCCCAUCUUACACCACAACAGAGGGAAGACAUUACCCAGAGUGCACAGUUUGCCUUAAGACUGUCAGCUUUUGGGCAGCUGUACAAAGUUCUUGGAAUGGACCGCCUCAAUUCCAAAGCUGCCAGAUUGCUCAGCGAACAACACAGAGUAGCUGAUAUUCCAGGAAAGAGGCCAAGGGAAGUUUAUGAUGCAGGGGAUCUUGAAAUGAGGCCAAAGUUUCCAAGAAAAGCAGAAAGGCGUGAACCAGCAAAUGCUCUGAUGAAGCUGAACCAGCUGCGGCCUGGAACCCUCUACAAAUUGGCAUCACAGACUGGGCCUGAACAUGAACCUCAAUUCACAAUGGCUGUAGAGGUGGAUGGGGUAACUUAUGAGGCUACAGGCCCCUCCAAACGCAGCGCCAAGCUUCAUGUUGCCCAGAAAGUUCUGCAAGCAUUAGGCAUUCCCUUGCCGUCAGAGACCAAGCCUGCGGAGGAAAUUAAGAGCCAGCCUGUUGCUGCGCCUGCGGUCACCAGGUCAGAUGAAACCACUCCUACAGGGUCUGAUGAUGGCAAUGAGGGUGGCCCCAUCCUCACCAAACAUGGCAAGAAUCCCGUCAUGGAGCUCAACGAGAAGCGGAGAAGUCUGAAAUAUGAACUAACCUCUGUUAAGGGACGAUUCAACGACAAGACCUUUACCAUUGAGGUGGAGGUUGAUGGGCAGAAAUUCCAGGGCUCUGGAUCAAAUAAGAAACUUGCCAAAGCCAACGCAGCACUUGCAGCAUUAGAACAGCUUUUUCCAGAAGGUUCUCCUGCAGACCCACUCAAGAAAAAGAAAUUCCCUCCUAUGGGCUAUGGUAUGGCUGGAGUAUCUUACAACGCAGGCAAUCGAGGUAGAGGAAGAGGCAGAGGUAGAGGGAGGGGAUUCAACAUGGGCAAGUUUGCAGCCCAGUCUGUUACCAGCUCUAGCACACCUAUGAAUCCACAGAAAGCCCCGUCUGCGACCUCCACAGUCAGCACGGCCACCUACCAGGCUGUCCCCCCGCCAGUGACUGGCUAUUAUAAUCAGUACACACAAUCCUAUUCCCAGUUCAAAAAGCCUGGCGAGCAGGGUCAGAAUCAGAAUCAAACCCAAAACAAAACAAAUCAACAAGCUCCUCUUGUUGGACCAGACUACGGCUACGGAUAUCAAGGGCCUGGCAUGGGAAUGGGAGGACCACCUGGUUUCAAUUAUGCAGCAUACAGCGGGCCACCUGGUACAGCAACGUUCGGGCCACCUGGAACAACAAAUCAGAGCUAUAGCUUCAGCCAGAGCGCCUACCCCAACCUGGGCGGCUACAGCAGUGGAGCCAAUAGCACAGACUACACAUACAGAUAAACAUAACACGUUUGGUCUUCCUGCUUAGUAAUGCUCAUUCAAACAAUUGAGAAGCUAUUUCUGUAAUUCUAUAGCCUACAGUGUCCUCUGAGUUGAAACAUUUGCUCUUAACCUUUUGAGAUUUUAUACUGUUUUGUGUUAAUUUUGCCAUUUGAAUUGCACUUGGUAACAGAAUUAGCAUGGUUUUGAUUCACCACUAGUUUCAGGUAAUAAUACGUCAGGAUGGAAGUUGCUUUCUGUUUGUGCCUAAAUGGUUGGUGUGACUUAAAUGGAAAUUGUCUCACAUAACUUUUUUCCCAAAGGUAUUUUUAUGAUCAUCCUCUUGUUUUGCUACUAAAUUUUUAGCUGGUAGUUGUUUUUUGUUGUUGUUUUUUUUUUAAUGAAUGUGGACAAUGAACGCAGACUUUGAUGUUUACUUCUCUGAAACCACUUCAGCUGUUUCUUCUUUGGAUUUUUAACAGGUUUGAUUUGCGUUAUUAUGUUUAAUCUUGGUAUCGUCUUUUAUGUAGAAUGUAGCUAUUUGCUGUUAAAUAGGCCAGUGCAGAGGUUUUUUGUUUUCUGAGGUGGAUGUUAAAUGUCAUAUCUUUGACCUGUGCAGAAAUAAACUUUUUUUUCUAUUUUUAA